AUGAGCUUUGAGAAUGUGAGCCUCUUUCCGUUUACGGCGGAGGUGAAUGAGGACGACCACCUUGUGAUUGGCGGGUGCGAUGUAGUGGAUCUGGCGGCGGAGUUCGGGACUCCGCUGUAUGUGUUCGACGAGGAUACCCUGCGGGGGAUGUGCCGCGAGUUCAGAAUGGAGUUCGGGACGCGCUAUCCAAAUAGCCGAGUCGCAUACGCAUCGAAGGCGUUCGUGAAUCCGGCUAUCGCGCGAAUCGUUGCCGAAGAGGGUUUGGGUCUGGAUGUGGUGUCGGGGGGCGAGCUUGCGGUGGCGCGGGCUGCUGAUGUUCCGCCGGACACCAUAUAUUUUCAUGGAAAUAAUAAGACGCCGGAGGAGCUGGAGUUCGCUCUGGACUAUGGCAUCGGGCAGAUUGUGGUGGACAGCUUUCAUGAACUGGAAGUGCUGGAUGUCAUCGCGGGCGAGCGGGGCGUAAGACAGGACAUUAUGCUGCGGCUGUCGCCAGGUGUUGAUCCCCAUACGCACGAGAAGACUACGACGGGAAUCCUGGACAGCAAGUUCGGGUUUUCGAUAGAGACGGGAGACGCAGCCAAGGCGAUACGGCAGGCGAUGUCGGCGGCUAACCUGGACCUUGUGGGCAUACAUUUUCAUCUAGGGUCGCCGAUAUUUGAGCUUGAGCCGUAUGAGUUGGGCGUCGAGGUGGUACUGAACUAUUUGACGCAGUUCAAGGAAGAGGGGCUCCGACUGGAGAUAUUCAGCCCAGGCGGUGGAUUCGCCAUCGGGUAUGUGCGAAGCGAGCCGCCGCCUCAGAUUGCUGAGUACGCCGAGUCAAUCACGAAGUACACCUCGCGGCUGUGCGAGGAGCUGGGCUUUGGGACGCCGCUGCUGGUAGUGGAGCCGGGUCGAUCAAUUGUGGGGCGCGCUGGUGUUGCUCUGUACACAGUAGGGGGUAUCAAGGACAUCCCGACGGUACGGAAGUACGUGUCGCUGGACGGCGGGAUGGGCGACAAACAUUCGACCCGCGAUAUACGGCUCGGAAUAUGA